GAAAGCACGCACACCGCAACCUCUUGUCUCUCUCUCUCUCUCUCUCUCUCCUUCUCUGUCUCUCCAGAUUACCUUCCCAUCUCUUCUUGGCUCGGACUGUUAUCAUCGUUAGAGAAAGCAAAAAUGCUGGCGCGUCUCGCGACUCAGCGUCUGCUCGAGAUCCGUCAAUCUUUCCGUCAAAUUUCUCAGACUUCUAGAUCCUUUUCGACCGCCCUAAACUACCACAUUGAUUCUCCCGAUAACAAACCCGACCUUCCGUGGGAAUUCACUGAAGUGAAUAAAAAAAAGGUAAAGGAGAUUAUGUCUCACUAUCCAUCCAACUACAAGCAAUCUGCAGUGAUUCCUCUGCUUGAUCUUGCGCAACAGCAGCAUGGAGGUUGGCUCCCUGUUUCAGCAAUGAAUGCAGUUGCUAAGGUUAUAGAAGUUGCCCCUAUCCGUGUGUAUGAGGUCGCGACAUUCUAUUCAAUGUUCAACCGAGCGAAGGUUGGCAAAUACCAUCUUUUGGUUUGUGGCACAACACCAUGUAUGAUACGAGGUUCACGUGAAAUUGAAGAUGCAUUACUGAAACACUUGGGAGUGAAGCGCAAUGAAGUGACAAAGGAUGGCAUGUUUUCUGUUGGAGAGAUGGAAUGCAUGGGGUGUUGUGUAAAUGCCCCCAUGAUUACGGUGGCUGACUACUCCAAUGGAUCUGAAGGCUAUACCUACAAUUACUUUGAAGAUGUCACUCCAAAGCGAGUUGUUGAGAUAGUUGAAAUGUUAAGGAGAGGAGAGAAGCCACCGCGUGGUACACAGAAUCCGCAGCGCAUUAAUUGUGGGCCAGAAGGAGGGAACACUACUUUGUUAAGCGAGCCUAAGGCUCCUCCCUGCCGGGAUCUUGAUGCCUGCUAAUAUUACAGUUGGUAAUGUUGUCUCCAAUAAUGCAAACCUCGGAUGUUGACAGGCAUCCCUAGCUGUGAGCUGUUUGUUGACUCUUAAAGAUGCUCAAUGAUUUUUUGUUUGAAUGCUAGUGUAGUGUCUGGGAACCAAUCAAGUUUGUCUCCUUUCCGGUAAUGAGUUAUCCGUGUUCACUUUGCAUUUUCAUGCCAAUGCGAAUGUCAUGUAUUGACUAAAUAAAAACCUUGGGGCAGCAGUCUAAUAUGGUGAGCAUGAAACAUGCACCUUAUUCUUGAUGAUUAGCAUGAGAUGAAAUUCUAAUGCUAGCAUGAAAACCUCCAUGUUUUUAUUGAUCAGAGUGUGAUGGAAUUAUGAUCUCCUUGACCUUGAAACAAAUGUGUAUCAUGCAUUGGCAAUAUUUUAUAUUUUGGCUUGCGAAGAGCGUGUA